CCCAGAUGCUGGAGCUGUCCUCUCAAGAUGGUGAGACAGCCACUAAUUGUGGUAGUGGCCUGCUUAUUGAUCACUCAAGAGUCGCAUGUUUCUCCACUUGAGUUACAAGACAGUCUGAUACCUGUGACUGACAGGGCCAACACUUCUGUUUCAAUGGACCCGGUGACUAUGGUGAGCAGUGGGGAUGGAGAAUUUGAUCCAGUUUAUAAUGUCACUGUAUCGGCCAACAAUUCGAAACCAGUGGAAACCAUUGACACCGUUUUACUAACUUGUCAUGCCUCGGGCUUUGUGCAGUCACAAAAAUGGCUGAAAAAUAACCGAAAUAUCAAGUAUAGUUCCAGAACGCUACUUUCUUCAGACAAUGUCACCCUGACUAUAGUCAACGUGAGCAGAAAUGAUUCAGGAAUAUAUCAAUGCCGAGCCAGCAAAAGUUUUAGUAGCGAUUCCGGGCAUAGCAUCCUGCAAAUUAAUUAUGGACCAGAGACUGUCUUUAUCGCACCCCGAGGGCCAAUUCAAGUUGAAGUGGGAAAAAUGCUUACCUUACAUUGUUCUGCUGUAUCAGUCCCGCCUGCUGCAUAUCAAUGAUACAAUGGUAGUCGACUUCUAAACACAGGACAAACUUAUAACAUUGACUCAUUGAGUUUGAAUAACAGUGGGAAUUAUACUUGUCAGGCUAAAAACAUCAUUAACAUGGAAAGCCAAAACAUUACUGUACAAGUGAUUGU